UCUGUGCUCCAUGACUUCAAAGUUUGAUUACGUGGCUUGCUCCAUUGAAGAAUCCAACAAUUUGGACAUCAUGACCAUCGAUGAAUUGCAGAGUAGUCUACUGGUUCAUGAACAACGUAUGCAAAGACAUACUGUGGAAGAGCAGGCAUUGAAGAUCACUCUUGACAGCAGUACGAGGAGAACAAAUCGUGAAGGUGCACAAUUCGAGGUAGAGGACGAGGACAUAGGAGACCAGCUCCUUUUCAUGGCAUAUGUUGAAGAGAUGGUAGAACAAAAGGAGGACUCAACCUCAACCAAUUAUGUGGCACAACCUGAUGCUUAUGUGGCACCACAUCAAAAUAAAGUGGCUGAAAGAAAAAAUCGCUUGGAUGAGGAGGUUCAUGUGGCACAACCUCGUGCUUAUGUGAUCAAGGGAGAUUUGGAGGAUAGAAAAAGUACAUCAGGUAGAGGAUCAGCAGAGCUGCAGUCAAUUCUCAUCGGCGGUGGACCUCCGGAUUUGCAGAAUCUGGACUCGGAGAAGAAGAUGAUGAUGAAUCAUCGCCUUCCGGAGUUGGAGAAGUAGCUUCUUGAAGAUAACGACAACGAUGAUGGAAGUGAUGCUGUGUCUGUGAUUACGAGUUCAACUAGCGCUUGGUGUGAGACGAUGUAUAAUCUAAUUAGUCUGACGGCGCCGCCGAAUCAGAAGCCGGUUUCGACGUCUUCGCCGACUACCUUUGUUUCGUCUUCUUGUUCUUCAUCUACGUCGUCCUCUGUGGCUUCUCUGUCUAACAAGUCUUGGAAACAGUCUGUAAUCGAGGUUGCGGCGGCGAUUUCUAAGGGGAAAUUGGAGGUUAUGGAUGAUUCUUGCGCCGGUGGUUAAGAUUUCGAAUGUGAGAGGUAGUUCUGUGCAGAAAUUGGAUGAAUAUGGUUUUCGCUUUGAAAUCACGGGUAAAUCCAGCAGAAUUUCCGCCUCUUGUGGCGGAGAUUUUCGGCGACGAGCACUCGACGAAGCCUCAGUCGCUUUAAGAUGUUUCUCCUUGCUUUAAGCUUACUUUCAUGGCGGAAAAUCUCGCGAUUCUUGAGGCAAUAAAGGAAGAGGAUCGAAAAUUGCACGUUGUGGAUUUCGAUAUCGGGGAGGGAGGCUAGUAUAUGAAUUUAAUCCACCUUCUCUCAGGUCAUCUGAAAGGGAAGGUCAUCAUGAAAUUGAUGACAGUUGUGGCGGAGAACGGCAGAGACGAGAGGUUGAAACAAGCCAGCGAGUCACUGAGUGAACUAGCGAAAGAACUCGGCAUCGGGUUCAAAUUCAACUUGGUGAAACAGGAACUGGCAAAACUGACGCGCGAGUCACUCGGGUGCGAUGGAGACGAAUCACUAGCAGUGAAUUUCGUUUUUAAGUUGAAUCCUCGAGACAAGAGUGUGUAAAUUUCUUCAGGAUAUCACCUGGGAUUUGCUUUGCUGAUGGACUUGCCUCAUUGGCUCUUCUUAGGCAGGGGAUAAAAGAUAAAACAACCGAUGGGGUUUAUGAUUGGGAUGUUGCUGGUUCCUCAAUUUGUUAUCUCAGUGUACGGUCUGUGUGUUACUUUCUCUUAACUCUUGGCCUUGAGCCACUGCUACUUCAUAAAAUGACUGCAAUAUCAGUCAAGGGAUAGUGGAUGAAGCUGAAUUCAUUGCUGCUGCAUCUCGUGCUUGCCAACCCAUAUGGUUAAGAGGGAUGCUGGAAAAACUCGAUCAUAUCCCAGUUGGAGCUAUAGUGGUGUACUGUGAUAAUAGUUUCACUAUUAACCCUGACCGGAAAUCUAGCCUUGCAUGGUCCAAGCAAACACAUUGAUGAUCAUUGCCACUUCCUCCGUGAUUUAAGUAAAGAUGGAACUGUGAUGUGUAGGUGUGUGACAACGUGUGUGAGGUGCUCCUAUUUUUCCGUUUGACCUCGGUUCAACUAUCUAUAUCAUGUAG